UCUUAUUUAGAAAUGGAAAUGUUGCAUGAUUGCCAUAAAGAAUUUACUAUUCAAGAAAAUUUUUGUGAUAUAUCAGUUCCCGGAAGAAUACAAUAUUUAACAUUAACUGCUAGAACAUCAUUGUUACUUAUGACUAAAAUUUUACUUCCUGAAGAAAAUAUAUGUAAUUUAUUAAAAGAUGUAUUGAAAUCAAAUUACUACGAAGUCAGAAUAGUUGCUUUAAAUUUUUUAUAUUGGAUAAUAUCUGAUUUAUCAAAACCUAUAACAUUUAAUGCCAUUCCUGUCAGUAGUCAAUGGAAGUGGCCAGAUGUAUGUAAAAAUAAAAAUACAUUGUUAGAUAUUAUUGUUAAUUCAAGAUGCUUAAUAAACUUCCUGUUGAGGAUGAUGAUUCAGAAUGAAACUCAACCUAAUUGUUUAGAAGAGCUUUAUCUAUUGUUAUCAAAAAUUCCAUUUACUGUAUCUGUUGAUUGGACUGCCAAUGGUAUUGAAAGGUUAACUCUUUCAGAAAAAUUAAAUUGGGUAGUAGAGAAAAUUGAAAUGACUGAUUG